AUGCCAGGAUAUUCGUUGGCUCCAACAAACGGUGGAGACGAGUUGGCAGACGAGAGCAACAGCGAUGGUGGUUUGACUACUAUGUCCCCUACCCGAAGAAAGAAAAUGGCGAUCGAAACAAGUGAUUCCAGGCCUUCCUACAAGAAAAAAACAAGUCGAGAACUGGAAAUGACGCCAUUGUCUCCCGGCAGCGAUGGCGUCUUUGAAAGAUUUGACGAUGAAAUUGGGGAGGAUGGGUUGCAUGUGGCCCAAAUGAGAUCUACCGUUUUGCCUCUCUGGUUCGAAGACUGGCUCUUCCCACCUCACUUACCUCGACAAUGCCAGUUGCUGAGAGUAGAAAAUAUCGCAGUGCCAGCCUGUUAUCUUCUUGUGGGGCUCUUGUUGGGUCUAUCUUCGCCAUUAAUCAAUGCCUACCCAAUCGAUUUGGGAGCCUCAGAAGCUCAACAAACAUCCAUAUCCGCUAUUCGCAAUCUACCUGCCAGUUUCAAGCUAAUUUUUGGAUUCCUCUCGGAUUCAACACCCUUAAUGGGAUAUCGAAGAAAAUCGUACAUGCUCCGCAAAAGUCAGCUGGAUGCAACACCAUCGGUCCCUCCUGACGAUGCCCCAACAAUGCCCUUUCUAUCCCUCUGUGCCUUGAUGGCGGGGAUGGGGUUGUGGCUGGCGGAUGUCAUGGGAGACAGCAUUGUUGCGGAAAAGGCCAAACUCGAGCCUCCCGAGUAUCGCGGAUCCAUUCAAUCCAGCUGUUAUGCAUUUCGAUUCUUUGGAUCCAUGAUUGCGGUGCCACUCGGAACCUACUUGUAUUCCACACUGGGACCAUUCUAUGUUGUCGUGCUAUUGGCGCUAUUGCCUCUGUCCAUCAUCCCUUUCGUGGUAACGUUCAAUGAAAUAAAGGAUCUUCCAGUGGCUCCCAUCCCGGAGCAAUGCCAGGAAAUCUUUAAUACAGUCUGUUCACGAGCGGUGUGGCAGCCGUUGGGGUUCGUUUGGACGUACAAUAUUCUUCAAGUCGGGAAUUCUGCUUGGAAACAGUUCUUGCGGACCAAUCUAGGAUUCACUGCUUGCCAGCUGAAUAUGAUGCUUGUGAGCGCCUACAUUUUGUUGUAUGCUGGAGUGUUGACCUAUAAAUACUACAUGAUAAAUUGGUCCUGGCGGAAAGUUUACAUUGUGACCACUUUGCUCAAUGGGCUGUUCUCGAUCUUGCAAGUCCUUUUGAUCUACGGAAUCACAUUUGGCCUUUCUCCCUUUUUAUUUGCAUUUGGCGAUGAUGCAUUUGCUGACUUUUUGGGAGGGGUUCAAUUCCUGCCGACAACUAUCAUGAUGGUACACCUGUGUCCAUCUGGGAGUGAAGGGGCAAGCUAUAGCAUGUUCACAACAGUCAACAACAGCGCAGGAACGUUGUCCGUUGCUGUUAGUACAAUGCUUCUUGGUAUCUGGGAUGUAUCCAAGAAGGCUCUUGAAAACGAAGAGCUGCAGGGUCUAGUCAACUUGACGUAUCUCACAACGGCGCUACAGGUCUCGGGUGUUUUCCUUGUGUUCCUCCUGCCCCAGUACAAAGAGGACCUGGAACGUCUGAAAGCAUCCAAAACGGGCACCAGCAAGAUUGGUGGCGUCAUUUUCCUGACGAUUACUUUUUCAUCCAUUGCAUACGCUAUUGCGGUGGGGUUGCUGAACAUUAUCGCUCCAGGAUGGAUGGGAGAAUCAUAG